UAAAAAUAAAUGAGUGAUUUAAAUUGUAAACACAAACAAAAAGAAGGAACAGAAAUGGUAUGGCCAGUGAUUUCCACCUGCGCUACAAGGUAGAGCACAAGGGCAAGUUUGGACAUGAGUUUCUGGACAGAAAGCUUAGGUAUGCCAACAACAGUAGUUACAGAAAUGGUGUCAUGACCAGAAAGGAGGCUUACGUGCACAAGAAUAUAAUGGAGGAACUGAAGAGAAUUACUGAUGAUAGUGAAAUUACAGAAGAUGAUGCUUUGUGGCCUCCCUCUGACAAAGCUGGCCAAAAGGAGCUUGAAACUGUAAUUGGAGAAGAACACAUUUCUUUUACUCCAUCUAAAACAGGUUCUCUUACUGAUGUAAAUCAGUCCAAGAGUCCUGAAGGCCUUCAAGUAUUUUACUAUUUGGGGGUCCCUGGUUUCAGCACAGUUCGGCAGACCGACGCCUACAGGUUACCAAAGCCCGGGAAGAAGCCACGCCUAGGGCGGGGCGGGGCGGAGCGAGGCGAAGCCCUAGGAGAGGCUUGGGAGGGGCUGAGGGAGGGGCCUGAGCUGGGCCGGCGCGAGGGGCGGGGCGGAGGCUCCGGGGCAGCUCCGGGGUGGGGCUUGAAAGGAGGAGGGGUUAUUUCUGGUUACUCCGUCCCCGCCCGGCCUGGGCCAGCACCUGAAGCCGCAGGGGCACGGCCCCGAGCUCCGGCUUCUCCUCCGGCCCAGCACUAG